UUCUGCUAAGUAAAUAGCAGCCAUGAGCUCCAGUUCAGACGCAGAGAUGGCUAUUUUUGGGGAAGCUGCCCCCUACCUUCGAAAAUCAGAGAAGGAGCGGAUUGAGGCCCAAAACAAGCCUUUCGAUGCUAAAACGUCUGUCUUCGUGGCGGAGCCCAAGGAGUCCUACGUGAAGAGCACCAUACAAAGCAAGGAAGGGGGCAGAGUAACCGUAAAGACAGAAGGUGGAACAACUCUCACUGUCAGGGAAGAUCAAGUUUUCCCCAUGAACCCUCCGAAAUAUGACAAGAUCGAAGACAUGGCCAUGAUGACCCAUCUGCAUGAGCCUGGAGUCCUGUACAACCUCAAAGAGCGUUAUGCAGCCUGGAUGAUCUACACCUACUCGGGCCUCUUCUGCGUCACCGUCAACCCCUACAAGUGGCUGCCGGUGUACAACCCGGAGGUGGUGACAGCCUACAGAGGCAAGAAGCGCCAGGAGGCCCCGCCCCACAUCUUCUCCAUCUCGGACAACGCCUACCAGUUCAUGCUUACAGAUCGUGAGAACCAGUCCAUCCUGAUCACCGGAGAAUCUGGGGCAGGGAAGACUGUGAACACGAAACGUGUCAUCCAGUACUUUGCAACAAUUGCAGUUACUGGGGACAAGAAGAAGGAGGAACCCGGCAAGAUGCAGGGGACCCUUGAAGAUCAGAUCAUCAGUGCCAACCCCCUCCUGGAGGCCUUUGGCAACGCCAAGACCGUGAGGAAUGACAACUCCUCCCGCUUCGGUAAAUUCAUUAGAAUCCAUUUUGGUACUACAGGAAAGCUGGCAUCUGCUGACAUCGAAACUUAUCUUCUAGAAAAAUCUAGAGUCACUUUCCAACUAAAGGCGGAAAGAAGCUACCAUAUUUUUUAUCAGAUCACUUCCAAUAAGAAACCAGAUCUAAUUGAAAUGCUUCUGAUCACCACCAACCCCUAUGACUAUGCCUUCAUCAGCCAAGGCGAGAUCACAGUCCCCAGUAUUGAUGACCAGGAAGAGCUGAUGGCCACUGAUAGUGCCAUCGACAUCCUGGGCUUCUCUGCCGAGGAGAAAGUAUCCAUCUAUAAGCUCACGGGGGCCGUGAUGCAUUAUGGGAACAUGAAAUUCAAGCAAAAACAGCGUGAGGAGCAGGCAGAGCCAGAUGGCACGGAAGUUGCAGACAAGGCUGCGUAUCUCCAGAGUCUGAACUCUGCUGACCUGCUCAAGGCCCUCUGCUACCCCAGGGUCAAGGUCGGCAAUGAGUAUGUCACCAAAGGCCAGACUGUGCAGCAGGUGUACAACGCAGUGGGCGCGCUGGCCAAGGCCGUCUAUGAGAAGAUGUUCCUGUGGAUGGUCACCCGCAUCAACCAGCAGCUGGACACCAAGCAGCCCCGGCAGUACUUCAUCGGGGUCUUGGACAUCGCUGGCUUUGAGAUCUUUGAUUUCAACAGCCUGGAGCAGCUGUGCAUCAACUUCACCAACGAGAAGCUGCAACAGUUUUUCAACCACCACAUGUUCGUGCUGGAGCAGGAGGAGUACAAGAAGGAGGGCAUCGAGUGGGAGUUCAUUGACUUCGGCAUGGACCUGGCCGCCUGCAUCGAGCUCAUCGAGAAGCCUCUGGGCAUCUUCUCCAUCCUGGAGGAGGAGUGCAUGUUCCCCAAGGCCACAGACACCUCCUUCAAGAACAAGCUGUACGACCAGCACCUGGGCAAGUCUGCCAACUUCCAGAAGCCCAAGCCCGCCAAAGGCAAGGCCGAGGCCCACUUCUCCCUGGUGCACUACGCUGGCACCGUGGACUACAACAUUGCCGGCUGGCUGGACAAGAACAAGGACCCCCUGAAUGAGACCGUGGUUGGAUUAUACCAGAAGUCAGCAAUGAAGACGCUGGCCGGUCUGUUUUCCACUUACGCUAGUGCCGAAGCAGAUGGCAGUGCAAAAAAAGGUGCCAAGAAGAAGGGCUCUUCUUUCCAGACCGUGUCAGCCCUUUUCAGGGAAAAUUUAAACAAAUUAAUGACCAACCUGAGGAGCACACAUCCCCACUUUGUACGCUGUAUCAUUCCCAAUGAAACCAAAACUCCUGGCGCCAUGGAGCACGAACUGGUCCUGCACCAGCUGCGGUGUAACGGUGUGCUGGAAGGCAUCCGCAUCUGCAGGAAAGGGUUUCCGAGCAGAAUCCUGUAUGGGGAUUUUAAACAAAGAUACAAGGUUUUAAAUGCCAGUGCUAUUCCAGAGGGACAAUUCAUUGACAGCAAGAAGGCGUCUGAGAAACUUCUGGCCUCUAUCGAUAUUGACCACACUCAGUACAAAUUUGGACAUACCAAGGUGUUCUUCAAAGCCGGCCUUCUGGGUCUUCUGGAAGAAAUGAGAGAUGAAAAACUGGCUCAGAUCAUAACGAGAACGCAAGCUGUCUGUCGAGGAUUCCUAAUGAGGGUGGAAUAUCAGAAAAUGCUACAGAGGAGAGAAGUGCUUUUCUGCAUCCAGUACAAUGUCCGAGCCUUCAUGAACGUGAAGCACUGGCCCUGGAUGAAACUCUUCUUCAAGAUCAAGCCCCUGCUGAAGAGUGCGGAGACGGAGAAGGAGAUGGCCACCAUGAAAGCAGAGUUCCAGAAAACCAAAGACGAGCUGGCCAAGUCAGAGGCAAAAAGGAAGGAGUUGGAGGAAAAAAUGGUGACUCUCUUGAAAGAAAAAAAUGACCUGCAGCUGCAGGUCCAAGCCGAAGCGGAUAGCUUGGCUGAUGCAGAGGAAAGAUGUGAACAACUCAUUAAAAACAAAAUCCAGCUUGAGGCCAAGAUCAAGGAGGUGACCGAGAGAGCGGAGGACGAGGAGGAGAUCAACGCGGAGCUGACGGCCAAGAAGAGGAAGCUGGAGGACGAGUGCUCAGAGCUGAAGAAAGACAUAGACGACCUGGAGCUGACGCUGGCCAAGGUGGAGAAGGAGAAGCACGCCACGGAGAACAAGGUGAAAAACCUCACGGAGGAGAUGGCAGGCCUGGAUGAAACCAUCGCUAAGCUGACCAAGGAGAAGAAAGCCCUCCAGGAGGCCCACCAGCAGACCCUGGAUGACCUGCAGGCAGAGGAGGACAAAGUCAACACUCUGGCCAAGGCUAAAGCCAAGCUUGAACAGCAAGUGGAUGAUCUUGAAGGAUCUCUGGAGCAAGAAAAGAAACUUCGGAUGGACCUAGAAAGAGCCAAGAGGAAACUGGAAGGUGACCUCAAAUUGGCUCAAGAAUCCACAAUGGAUGUAGAAAAUGACAAACAGCAACUCGAUGAGAAGCUUAAAAAGAAAGAAUUUGAAAUCAGCGAUUUGAUAAGCAAAAUUGAAGAUGAGCAAGCAGUAGAAAUUCAACUACAGAAGAAGAUCAAAGAAUUACAGGCCCGCAUCGAGGAACUGGAAGAGGAAAUCGAGGCAGAGAGAGCCUCUCGGGCCAAGGCAGAGAAGCAGCGCUCUGACCUCUCCCGGGAACUAGAGGAGAUCAGCGAGAGGCUGGAGGAAGCCGGUGGGGCCACUUCUGCCCAGAUUGAGAUGAACAAGAAGCGGGAGGCCGAGUUCCAGAAACUGCGCAGGGACCUGGAGGAGGCGACCCUGCAGCAUGAAGCCACGGCUGCCACCCUGAGGAAGAAGCACGCGGACAGUGUGGCCGAGCUGGGGGAGCAGAUUGACAACCUGCAGCGCGUCAAGCAGAAGCUGGAGAAGGAGAAGAGCGAGCUGAAGAUGGAGAUUGACGACCUUAGCAGUAAUGCAGAAACCCUCUCCAAAGCCAAGGGAAACCUUGAGAAGAUGUGCCGCACGCUGGAAGAUCAAGUGAGUGAGCUGAAGGCCAAGGAGGAGGAGCAGCAGCGGCUGAUCAGUGAGCUGACGGCCCAGCGGGCGCGCCUGCAGACAGAGGCAGGUGAAUAUGCCCGACAGUUAGAUGAGAGGGAUGCCUUAGUUUCUCAGCUUUCAAGGAACAAGCAAGCAUCCACCCAGCAGAUCGAGGAGCUGAAACGCCAGCUUGAAGAUGAAACAAAAGCCAAGAACGCCCUGGCGCACGCCCUGCAGUCCUCCCGCCACGACUGCGACCUGCUGCGGGAGCAGUACGAGGAGGAGCAGGAAGCCAAGGCCGAGCUGCAGAGGGCGCUGUCCAAGGCCAACAGUGAGGUCGCCCAGUGGAGGACCAAGUAUGAGACGGACGCCAUCCAGCGCACGGAGGAGCUGGAGGAGGCCAAGAAGAAGCUGGCGCAGCAUCUGCAGGAUGCAGAGGAGCACGUGGAAGCCGUGAACGCCAAAUGCGCCUCCCUGGAGAAGACGAAACAGAGGCUGCAAAAUGAGGUGGAGGACCUCAUGAUCGACGUGGAGAGAACCAACGCGGCCUGUGCAGCCCUGGACAAAAAGCAGAGGAACUUUGACAAGAUCCUAUCAGAGUGGAAACAGAAAUAUGAGGAAACCCAGGCCGAACUUGAGGCUGCCCAGAAGGAGUCCCGUUCUCUCAGCACUGAGCUGUUCAAGGUGAAGAACGCUUAUGAGGAGUCCUUGGAUCAGCUUGAAACACUCAAGAGAGAAAACAAGAACUUGCAGCAGGAGAUUUCAGACCUUACGGAGCAGAUUGCGGAGGGAGGAAAGCAAAUUCAUGAACUGGAGAAAAUCAAAAAGCAAGUGGAACAGGAGAAAUGUGACAUUCAGGCUGCCUUAGAGGAAGCGGAGGCGUCUCUUGAACACGAAGAGGGCAAGAUCCUGCGCAUGCAGCUGGAGCUGAACCAAGUCAAGUCUGAAGUUGACAGUAAAAUCUCUGAGAAGGAUGAGGAAAUCGAGCAGCUGAAGAGAAACCACAUCCGAGCUGUGGAGACGAUGCAGAGCACCCUGGACGCUGAGAUCAGGAGCAGGAACGAUGCUCUGAGAGUGAAGAAGAAGAUGGAGGGGGACCUGAACGAGAUGGAGAUCCAGCUGAACCACGCCAACCGCCAGGCGGCAGAGAGCUUGCGGAACUACAGGAGCGCCCAGGGUGUCCUCAAGGACACCCAGCUGCACCUGGAUGACGCUCUCCGGGGCCAGGAGGACCUGAAGGAGCAGCUGGCCAUGGUGGAGCGCAGGUCAAACCUGCUGCAGGCUGAGAUCGAGGAGCUGCGGGCCACCCUGGAGCAGACAGAGAGGAGCAGGAAAAUCGUGGAGCAGGAGCUGCUGGAUGCCAGUGAGCGUGUGCAGCUCCUCCACACCCAGAACACCAGCCUUAUCAACACCAAGAAGAAACUGGAAAGUGAUGUCUCACAGCUCCAGAGUGAAGUAGAAGAAGUGAUUCAAGAAUCACGCAAUGCAGAAGAGAAGGCCAAAAAGGCCAUCACCGAUGCCGCCAUGAUGGCCGAGGAGCUGAAGAAGGAGCAGGACACCAGCGCCCACCUGGAGCGCAUGAAGAAGAACCUGGAGCAGACGGUCAAGGACCUGCAGCACCGGCUGGACGAGGCCGAGCAGCUGGCGCUGAAGGGUGGCAAGAAGCAGAUCCAGAAGCUGGAGGCCAGGGUACGUGAACUAGAAGGAGAGGUUGAAAAUGAACAGAAACGCAAUGCAGAGGCAGUUAAAGGGUUACGGAAACAUGAGAGAAGAGUAAAAGAACUCACUUACCAGACGGAGGAAGACCGUAAGAAUGUUCUCAGGCUGCAGGACUUGGUGGAUAAAUUACAGGCCAAGGUGAAAUCAUACAAAAGACAAGCUGAAGAGGCUGAGGAACAAGCCAAUACUAAUCUAGCGAAAUUCCGCAAGCUCCAACACGAGCUGGAAGAGGCCGAGGAACGGGCUGACAUCGCUGAAUCUCAGGUCAACAAACUUCGAGUGAAGAGCCGCGAGGUUCACACAAAAAUCAAUUCCGAGUAAACUCACAUGCCCAAGGCUACCAAGUGUCUGAAGGAACGCACAAAAUGUGCUGGUUUUGGUCACUUGCUUUAUUGUGUUUAUUUUUCUCUUAGUGUCCAAUAAAUAAAAACUACAAUAAA